AUGAGCAAAACGAGCCAGCUUGUGUCGCGUUUGUUUGCGCGCGAACCUCCACCGCUGGAGCCUGGGACCAAGUUGUGGGCGCCGGAGCUCAAGCGGGAGAUUGCUGGGCUGCAAGAACACCGCUAUGUGAUUGCAGCGCUCCACCUCGCCAACGACGACAUUGACAGCUGUCACCUCAUCGCGCAAGAUAAUGAAGGCGAUCCCACCGCUGACCUCCUCCACGCCACCCUGCACCGGAGAGAAGGUGACUAUUGGAACUCGAAAUACUCCAUCUCGACCCAUCCCCUCUGCAACCGCGCCGAGGCCAAGGCGUUCGUGGACAAGUGUGAAGCUGCCCAACGCCGCUCCGACGACGAUGACGCGCCAUUGCGACAGCGGCAGUGGGACGAGCUCAAGACGCUAGUCGAGUGGACACGGGCCAACUGCAAGUGA